AUGACCACCUCCACAGCUCUCCUCGUUCUCGCCCUUGUGGUGGGUGCUGGUGCAGCACCAUGGGGAGGAAACACACCCAGAUGCUCUACGGAAUGUCCCGUCGCCGGCUCCCCCAAACUCUUCUACCAGCCAGAACACACCUACACCUACACCUACUCCGGAAAGUCCCACAUCCACCUGAAGGGCGUGGAAGGUGGAGUCACAGAGACGGAUUGGUCUAAAGAAGUUGAACUAUCAUGGAUCACCCCCUGUGACAUGGUCAUCUUCAUUAAGAACUCCAAGGUGGAUGGUGCCGCAGACCAACCCACUGCCAAGUUCCUGGAGAAGUACCCGCUGGUGGUGGCCCUGACCGACGGCCGGGUUCAGCACGUGUGUACUCAUCCUGAAGACGACGUCUGGUCCAUCAACAUCAAGAAGGGCAUCGCCUCAGCCUUCCAGAACUCACUUCCUUCUAAUUCUACCAUCAACUCAGGACAAAACAUCACUGAGACGGACGUGGUAGGGAAGUGCCCAACGCACUACGAGGUAGAGAGAGAAGGAGACAAGGUUAUUGUGAAGAAGGAGAAGAAUCACCUCUUGUGCAAGGAACGUUACCCCACCCCUGCCGAGACCCAGAUGCCCUGGCUCAAAGGUCCUCUCCCACUGGAAGAGUCCAAGUGUCGAUGUAAACAAGAGAUUACCAAUGGAAUCUACUCUUCCAUCAUCUGUGAGGAUAAGAAAGUGGUCCGUCCCAGCUAUGGUGCCUAUAAGUAUGUUGAAGCCAAACAGGAGUCCACACUGCGAUACGUCUCACUAUCCAGCCAACAACCACCUGCCAUCCCUCAAGAUAGUCUAGUCCGCAAGAGUCUCCGGUAUAGCUACCAUACGCUCAACAAGGACCCGUCCAUGGUAGCCGAGUUGGAUCAAACCAUGACUCAGAUUUGUGAGAAGACUAAAGAUGUUGUUGAGCGUGAUGCUGCUGCUCUGGUGGCCAAGGCUGUGCAGCUCCUGCGUCGUGUACCCGAGGAAGCUGUGAAACAAACAUUGGACAAAAUUCGUGCCGGACGUUACUGCCAAGACCACAGCAAACUCGAGAGCCUCUUCCUGGACGCUGUUUCCUUCAUCCACGAGUCUGGUGCUGUAAAGGUUAUGGUGGAUGAGCUGGUGAGUGGCCGGGCUACAGUAGGUCGUGCUGCACUUUACACUGCUGCCUUCUAUCUUCAACCCCGCCCAUGUAUCCAUGCCAUGAUGGCUCUGAAACCAAUGUUCGAAUCCUCCCAACCUCUGCCACGCGCCACCCUGGCUGCUGCCUCCAUGGUCAACACUUACUGUCGCCACAAUCAUCAUUGUUAUGAAGAAGCACCGGUUAAGAGUCUUGCUGAAGCUUUGGGUAAUAAACUACAACGCCAGUGUUCUCCUUCUGCUGAUGAACGGACUCAAAAAGCAGCCCUGGCAACACUCAAGGCUCUAGGUAACAUGGGAGUGAUGACCCAGGAGGUAGCCAAGUCUGUGAUGACGUGUGUGGAUACAGAAGGAGUCAAGAUCAAUAUCCGUGUGGCCGCAGCACAAGCCUUCAGACAAGUGAAAUGUGAACGCCAUACAACUGGGCAGCUCCUAAGUCUUGCACUCAACCCUACUCAUCAUACUGAAGUUCGCAUUGCAACUUAUCUUGUGGCACUUCGGUGUGCUGAACAAAAGGAUUUGCAGGAAUUUGCUUCAAAGAUUUCUGUGGAAAGGAACACCCAAGUUCGUGGAUUCAUCCUGAGUCAUCUCCUCAACCUCCAGCAGUCUGAUGAUCCUAAGAAGGAAAACCUUCGGUACCUUCUGUCCAGUAUUGUCCUUCCAAGAGAUUUUGAAACAGACUUCAGGAAAUAUUCCCGCAACAUAGACAUGUCCUACUUCGCCCCGUCUCUCGGUGUUGGUGCCGGCGUUGAGUCCAACAUCAUCUACGUCCCUGGGUCCUUUGUGCCUCGCUCCGUUGACUUCAACUUCACUGCCGCCUUAGAGGGAAUCUCGAUGAACAUAGGCGAGGUUGGUGUCCGACUUGAGGGUCUAGAACCUGUCAUCGAGGAGGUGUUUGGACCUGAAGGUUACCUGCAGAGAACUAGUUUCAGCCAAAUUCUAACCGACAUAACUACAUUUGUUGAGCAAGAAGGGAGCAAGAUCAUGGAGCACUUCGAGAACUCAUUAAGACAAAAGAGAUCCAUCAACUUCUCUACUCUGUCUCACUUCUUCAGCAAGAUUUAUGGAGGCGAGAGAUCUACUGUAGCUCAUGCUGAUGUAUUCGCUCGCCUCAUGGGUCAGGAGAUAACCUUUGCUUCACUAGCUGGUGACUUGAAGGCCAUCAGUGCUGACGGUAUGAUUGAAAGCUUCUUCUCAUACUUCGAUGACAUUCUUCCUCAGAUGAAGAACUUGCACAUCAAUUCAGCACGAGCAGCUCAUAUAAACUUUGACUACACCUUCCCCACCAUCCAGGGCACACCACUCAAACUUCAGCUGAAUGGAACAGCUGUUGCUGGACUGAAGAUGCAAGGAAACCUUAACCUCGCUGACAUCCUCUCUAACUGGAGGAAUGGGGAGACCCUCUUUAAGAUCAUUCCUAGUCUCUCUGUCCAAGUAGAUGGCUUCGUCGGCUACGACAGCUAUAUCGCUAGAACAGGAAUCAAGACGACCAACACCAUCUCCAGCAGCAACGGUGUUUCCCUCACUCUUAGGGCCAAGAACAGUGAAGAGUUGGAGGUUGAACUGGAUCUUCCUGAGAAGAUGGAACUUAUCAAUGUGAAGAGUGAGACUUACCUCAUGAAGAGCGUGAGGGGCAGCCCAGACACCAAGAUCAUUCCACCAUCCAUGGGGGACGCCAGAGUGAAACGUCAAUCGUGUAUCAACAGUCUCGAACCAAUGUUAGGUCUCAGGCUCUGUUAUGAUGUGGACGUUCCCGAUAUCUUCCGCAGUAACUCCUUGCCACUGGGAGCCCCAGCUGUUAUCAAACUUUCCAUUGAGAAGGCAGAGUCUUCUAUGAAAGGUUAUCUUCUGUCUGCCGCCACUCAGAACAAGAGAGGAAGCAAACUGGUAACAAUGAAAGUAGCAACACCCGGGUCAUCCCCACCAAGAGAAGUUGAAGCAACAUUGUCCUACACUGAGCAAGAGGAAUCCUUCAUUGUCUCUGCUAGAAUACGAUCUUCUACGGUUACUAGUGGUGUCUGGGUCACAAUCGUCAACAGAGAAGACCAUAGGGGCGUCGAGGCUUUUGUUAACUUUAAUUCCAGUAAGACAACAAUAUCUCGAGGAAUUAAAUUAGAUCUCAAGACAAGAAAAACAUCGUCUGAGGAGGAGUACGAAUUCAGCAUGUACAGCAGUCGAAACAGGAAUUUCCCUCUUGAAUCACAAAUCAUGGAGAGCAAAUUUGUAAAGAAGCUUAAUGGUCCUGAAGUUUCUUUGGAUAUUCUAUCCCAAACAAAGAAUGAACUGAGCCGCUACCUUGACUUUAAUUUCGAAAUUGGGGUAGAUCUGAGGUACACCCAGUACUCCCGGCUGCCUCUACCAACGAAACUACGCAAGUUUGUGUUCCAGAGUGGCAUGAGAGGCUGGCAAGUUACCUCCUUUAUCCAUCAGACGAGAGACUCAGGCGAGACAGCUGAACACACAUCUGCCUUCAAGAUUAUGUAUAUGAACCAAGAUCUAAUUUCUGUUAACGCCACCCAGUCUAUGGAGGGAAGACUAGGCCAUAACUUGGUAGUAAAGACAGCUGCUACAGUUAAAAUGGGGAGAACAGAAUAUAAAACAUCACAUACCAUGUAUUUCGGUGCUGUCAGGAAGGGUGUGUUAUUUGAAGCACUUCGCUCCGGGGAGAACAAGAAGAUUAUAGACCUGAAGGCCUUGUAUGAGUCUUCCGAACAAUCACGGAAAGUCCAUAUUUUGGUGGCGGUGCCAGAGUACAUGAAACUCAUCAAAUAUGAGAGCCAGGCGGUGAAGCAGGAGCAGGGUCGUUACAAUGUUAAAGCUGCCCUCAAGCACGGAGACCGCGUCAUUUUCCAGGCUCAUGGACCAAUCACAGCCAUGUUUUUCUCCCCAAUGACCCACUUACAAACUGAUAUAAAUUUUAAUACAAUAAAAAAUCGUCCUUACAGAUUUUCUUCUGUUAUUAAAUUUACUCCUCAGCAACAAAUUAUCUCCUUUGACCUGAAGAACGAACAUGGACCCAUUUUCACUGCAGAAUGGGAUGUGAAAGUAGAAGUCCCCCCAAAAACUGUCACUAUCUUCAAGUUCCUACUACCCUCGUUGAUAAACUAUGAACUGGACGCUACUAUCAACGAGGGAAUCGUCCAGAUUAACUUUGAGAACUUGUUGCUCCCAAAUAGUUCCUCCCCUCGUAAACUGAAGGGUGCUGUUAACAUUGAUGUUAAACAAGAGAAGGUAGAAGUUGACUUUGCUUGGGAUGCAGAUCGUGACACAGGGAAGAAGAUAAGAGUAGAAAGUCGAGCUAUCAGAAGCUCAUCAAACCCAGGACAGUGCACCCUCCAAGGAGUUGUGGUGUUGACGCCGGGCACAUACCGCUACCAGUUAGACCUCACAGGUACCAACCUUCUCAAACAUUUCAGUGGUGUUAACAGCUUUAACCUACAGGUGCAGAAUCCCUCCGAGAAGACUCUUAGAGUUGAGGUGAAGAACCAAGUUUCACUACAGCAAAGAACUCUCAUAUCAAACAUUCUUGCUGUUUAUAAGAGUUUUGAUAACAAGAACUACAUAUUUUCAAAUGACUUAGAACUGAAAGAUCUGGGUACUCCAAGCAGCUAUGAGCUCGACUAUAACCUGAAGUUCACAUUACCUGAAGGUCAUGAAACAACUGUAAGCACAAAAACUAAGCAUCAGCUUACGUCUCAUGACCGAGUCAUGGAGUUCAAGAGUGUUACAUCGACUCCGAGUAUGAGGAGGCCUCUACAGGUAGAGUUCUUGUCAUCUACUAAAGACACUUCAUACAACGUCAUAUGGAAGGCGGGCGUGGACACUCCAGCCACCAUGUUUAGUUGGGAAAUGGACACUUAUCCUGCUGGAGGUGUCAAGGUCUUUAAAUCUGCAUUUGACGCCACAGCAAUCCAUAACUUCCUGGGAGCUAUUGUGAAGAUGGUAGGAAGACAAGGACAGGUUUAUGAGAACCUCUUGAUAGAACGUCCCGAGACCACGAAGUCAACAACCCGCACCACAGAGCGUGAGGAUGAACAUUCUUCCUCAGAGGGUACAUACAUGAUUACCUUUAAGUCCACCCACAGCCUCUGGGAUCAAGAGUCCAAGUAUGAAGGACAUAUUAACCAUCCAAGUCUGACCAGGGACAUACGAGUAGAGGUUCAGUACUCGGUCACUGGAGAGAACAUGAGAGGCACCAUUGAGCUGGACAUCUUCCCUGACACAGCUGACAAAAUAACAGGCACUCUACAGUCAACCUUGGUCGCCAACAACACCGUUAGGGUGGAAACUUCAUUAACUUCUAAGAGCCUGAAGGUGAGCCCCAAGUUCAUCAUAGUGACGGCCUAUGCUCCCCAUACGGUUGGCUUUGACCUCAUGUUCCAGAAGGCUCCCUCUUUACCAGUAUCCUUCCAAAUGUCGGCCAAGUACGACCGAGUCACUGAUAAGGAUGCAACAGCAGCUUUCCGCGUGGUGACCGAGGAAGGCCCCGUGGUGGACAUAGCUGGAGUGAUGGAGCUAGAGCAAGUUCCUGAGUGUACCGGCGUCAAGAUCAAGGCCGUGGCUCUCACUUCUGUCCUCGGUACUUAUGACAUUUACUCAAGACUGUGUAGACCAGCCUUCAUUGAGCUGAUAACCACCAAGCGAGGCAGCCAAGAAGAGUACAUUACAAAGUUCGGCUUCCAAACACCCAAUAAUAUUGAGGCCAGUUUAUCUGUGGGUGACAAGGAUCAAAAAGAGAGACGCGCCAUUGCCAUGACGCGCUUAAAGCUUACUUCACCCGUCUUGGUCAAUCUUGAUUUAGUUUACAAGAAAGAACAAGUUACCGUCGUCAAGAAUGAUGUCAAUGAAAAGUAUCAACGAGUGAUGCAGUCUCUCGACUGGUGGGUUAACAGUAUAUAUCAGUACCUGCAACAACAAGCUCAGCAACAAGGUAGUCACUUCCCUAACCCCGAGAUCCUCAAGUUGAUGAACGAAGCCAAACUUGACCUUCAACAAAUAUAUGAUGGUGUGAUUUAUGGUGAAGUUAUGCCUCGGUGUAAGGCUCUCUGUAAAGUCCUCUGGGGUCCUACAGCCUCCUACGUAAGGGAUAUUUACUUCACUGCAUGGACAGGCCUUGCUAGAGUACAAAGAGAAAUCGAAAGCAGCCUGAGCCAGGAGAUUGCUGCUUGGCUGGAAGAAUUCCGUGGAUUUACUGAAACACUCAUGGACGUUGUGGUACAAACUCUACGCUGGGUGGAGAUCGGUGAACUGCCAGAGCCAAUGCGUCGUCUGAUAGAACAACUAGAACAAACGGAGAUCUUCAGGUUGGUGAAGACGGACGUGGACACCGUUAUUGAACACUACCAGGAGGAGUAUGAGGCCACCAAACAGGUGGUGGCCAAGGUGGGACGAACAUUCAGGCAAGACUUAUUCAACAUACGGGAGAAAAUCUUCCAGAUGCCCGCCGUGCAGAGGGCCGUCUACUGGUUCAUCACCAACUACGGCUCCGACCGCUUUAUAACUCUUGGAGUUGAACAGUUCAUCAAUUUCCUUCUUCAGGAAGCUAACUUCGUGUCGAUAAAGACUGAAAGGGGUCACUUUAAAUUAGAAAUUCCGCUGCACUCACCUCUGUAUUCCCUAAGCCAAGUCUUGCAAGAGGCAACACCAAAUCCGAUUAUCAUGUUUAAAAAUAUUGUGUGGUCAUACAACACAUAUAUCACAACUCCAGUGCAAGACGUAAUCUGGGCAUACUACUCGCUGAUGCCCCGUCAACUGACAGACUUGCUGCCCCCUUAUAACCGCACAGCCAUGGUUGUUGGUGACACAGAGAUCCUCACCUUUGAUGGCGCUGUGCUCCGUGUACCUCGUUCACCGUGUAAGGUGGUGCUGGCUGCCUACGCCUCCAACAAGCUUACCAUGGCCCAUCCACAACCCUCAGCCCCACCACAGAUCACCUUAUCUACUCGCACAACUACCGUCACCAUUAAGCCGGACUUCCGUGUUGACGUCGGCGGACAAGAGAUGAGCAGCUCACAACAAACUCAGGGUGAUGUCACCAUUCAGAAGACGCCCCGUGAAGUCAAUGUGACGUCACCCUUCAUAACAGUCCGAGUGUUCCGUGAAGAACGUGUGGUAUCAGUGAACGUGUCUGGCUGGACCUUCGGCCGCCUGGCGGGUCUCCUGGGUACUUACGAUGGCGAAGUGGGAAAUGACUGGAUGAUGUCCUCGGGCAGGAAGGCCUCCACCCUGCAGGAGUUGGUGUCAUCAUGGCAAGAGAACCAACACUGCCCAACACCCCUCAUCUCUCCCGUCAAUCCUGCUACCAUCUCGACAGAACGGGUCGUUCAGUGUCAUGCACUUUUGGAGAUUCGGUCCAGGUGCUACCCACUGGUUCAUCCGGAGCCCUUCAUCAAAAUGUGCCACAUGGCCCACCAGCCCUGCGACGUCGCACAAGCCUACCGUACCAUCUGCUCCAGGAAGGGGGUGAAGGAUAUGUUCCCCAUUCCUUGUUAGGUGACAACACUUGUUAUCCAAUGGACUUCUUUUGAUGAUGAAUUGCCUGUAAACUAUUUUAAGUUUAACUAAUUGUAAC